AUAUGAUUAUCUACUCUCGAGUCUAGAGACUCUGGACUGACCUGACUAGCUUCUCUCUCUCCUCCUUCCUCUCCGUACCGUGCUCUCGUUAACCUUCCUUCUAUUGGCACUGAAACCAUGAUUUCUUCACUUUACUGAAGAAUCUCAUCUUUCGUUUUGAUCUCCUUUCCGUUAUUUCUUCUUCUUAUCAUGGCUUCUUCAAUGGCUUCGGUAUCCCGAUUAGUUCAGAAAGAUACAAGACUGAGGUCAUAUGAUGGUCUUCACAGAAGAAGCUCCUGCUCAAGUGUUGAGCAACUUCAAACUCAUCUGGAUAUGAAAUGCGGCAAUUCAGUAUCUAAUAAAAGAAGAAAUUGGGCUAUCCUAAGCAGUACCUGGAGACCCGUUGUCGCUGCCGCCUCCCCCUUCUCAAUUGUUCCAGCUUCUCGUUGCUGUCAAGUUUUGUGCAAUGCAGCAGAUAACGUAUCUGGGAGUAGCGAGACCAGUGGAAUGAGCCCGUAUGAGAGCAUAAUUGAAACAUUAACAACUCUUUUCCCUGUGUGGGUUAUACUGGGUACAAUUAUUGGUAUCUAUAAGCCAGCUGCGGUUACUUGGUUGGAAACAGACCUUUUCACAGUUGGCUUGGGCUUCCUCAUGCUUUCCAUGGGAUUGACAUUGACAUUCGAAGAUUUCAGACGUUGUCUACAGAACCCUUGGACUGUGGGUGUAGGUUUUCUUGCUCAGUAUUUAAUCAAGCCCAUGUUAGGCUUCUUUAUUGCAAUGACUCUGAAACUUUCUGCUCCUCUUGCAACUGGUCUUAUUUUGGUCUCAUGCUGCCCUGGAGGUCAGGCAUCAAAUGUUGCGACCUACAUAUCCAAGGGAAAUGUGGCACUUUCAGUUCUCAUGACAACUUGCUCUACAAUUGGUGCUAUUGUCAUGACACCCCUCCUUACGAAGCUUCUUGCUGGUCAGCUUGUUCCGGUCGAUGCAGCAGGCCUUGCCAUCAGCACUUUUCAGGUUGUCCUGGUGCCAACUAUUAUUGGAGUGUUGUCAAAUGAGUUUUUCCCCAAGUUCACUGCACGAAUAGUCACAGUCACACCGCUGAUAGGGGUUGUCCUUACAACCUUACUUUGUGCAAGCCCAAUUGGGCAAGUUUCUGACGUAUUGAAGGCUCAGGGAACACAACUAUUAUUUCCUGUAGCCCUCCUACAUGCUGCUGCAUUUGCUCUUGGUUAUUGGCUUUCAAGGGUAUCAUUUGGUGAAUCCACUUCCCGUACUAUUUCUAUUGAAUGUGGAAUGCAGAGCUCUGCACUUGGAUUUUUACUUGCCCAAAAACACUUCACAAAUCCUCUUGUUGCUGUUCCUUCUGCUGUCAGUGUUGUUUGCAUGGCGCUUGGUGGGAGUGCUCUUGCUGUAUUUUGGAGGAACAAGCCGGUUCCAGCAGAUGACAAGGACGAUUUCAAGGAAUGAACAGUCUUUCGCCUUCUGCAUUAGUAUAUUCUGCUUUGACUUCUUGGUAAAUUCUUUUAAAAACUAGUGAUAGCUCAACUUAAGUUUUGGGGGGAAGAACAGUUUUGGGUUUAUAUUGUUCACAUGGAGCAUGGUAGUCUAAACUAGAAAGUAGGAAAAAAAAAGUAAUCUAGUUAGAACUGAGAAAAAAAUAAAUAAAUAAGGCAAUAAAUAAUAGUGUUGAAAUUCUUGUAUGUUUUCAGAUUCAUACUAGUUUUUUUUUCAACUUGGUUUUACAUCUUGGUAAAUCUCUACAAAAAAAUACUCUAUUUUCUUUUGUAAAAUAUAUUUCAUAUUGCUAAGAAAGCAU